AUGGGGAAGGGGACACUUGAACCAUCGAUCUCCGUGUUGAUUGGUGACUAUGUAAAGGUUGCUCUUUGUCAUUAUCCCUUAAGCAUUGUGAAUGCUAUUAGGGGAAUAUUUAAUUCUUUUGCCAACUUUUGCUCCUCUUUGUCAAUAUCCCUUCAGUCUCUCUUUGUCAACUUAUUCCCAGAAUCCCAUUCUUUCUUCUUCUACUUCAACUAUGUCUCUGUCUCUUUCUCUUCCUCUUCUAUCAAUGAAGAAGAAAAAACCACCAGUGUCACAAUCUUUCCAAUGAAAAUCUCAUCACCCUGUUCCCUCACUAUCACCAUCAACCUUAUAGUUAUCACCUUGAUUUCUUUUUCGCUGCACAGUUCAGUUGUUUAUUGCCUUGGCUCAGCCUCCACCAUCGCCAUUACCUAUGGCACAGACACUGUCUGUGGUAUCAUUGCUGCUGAGCCUACUCAGAGAAUCCAAUGCUACCAAAAAGGUCAGAUCAUUUCGGUUCAACCCAAUAUCUCCUUUGAAGCCAUCUCAGGUGGCUACGGCUUCUUCUGCGGCCUCAGGUCUGAUGGCUUCAGCAUCCUAUGCUGGGACACUACUACCUCAUCAAACUUGACCUUUAAACCAAAACGUAUAUAUUACAAUAAAACAAUUAAAAUGACUGAUCUAGCUGUUGGCGAUGCUCAAGUUUGUGCCAGAGAGGUCAACUCUGGUAUAGCCAAGGGCUGGAGAGGAAGUCAUGAAGCUGGGUCUAAAUCUACAUCACCUGGAGACGCAUUGAGUUUUCGUGCAAUCACAUCUGGGAGUGGUUUUUCAUGUGGGAUUUUGAAGAACAAUGGAACAGUUUUAUGUUGGGGUAAUGGUAGUAUUGGAGCUGAGAUUCAGAGACAUUUUGGGAAUUUGCCAAUGUCAACCUUAGUUGCUGGAGAGUCUCAUGCCUGCGGUUUGACAUUGACAGGGAUUUUGGUUUGCAAAGGGAACAAUGGUUCUGGCCAACUGGAUGUUCCUUUUAGUUCUGCUUAUGAGUUUUCUGGUUUGGCAUUGGGAGCAAAUUUUACUUGUGCUAUUAAGGCAAGAAAUGGAUUGGUUGCAUGUUGGGGAGGAAAAAACAGAUUUGAAUUUGAUAGCAGCGUUAUUGACAACGUUUCCUUUGAGUCUAUUGUUGCAGGUUUGGAUUUUGCUUGUGGGUUAACAUCGAAAAAUUUAUAUAUGAUUUGUUGGGGACCUGGUUGGUCUAACAUGCCAAGUGACCUUCCAUUAGGAAUGAUUAUUCCAGGACCAUGUGUUCAAGCUUCAUGUAAUACAUGUGGUACAUAUCCAAAUUCUGAGGCUCUCUGUGAUGGGUCUGGAAAUAUAUGCAAGUCUUGCCAGAUUCAGUUUCCAGUUGCAGUGUCAUUGCCACCUACAACAUCACCAUCACAGCCAGUUCCUCCAUCAACCAAAGCCCCCAACAAGGUUUCAUUAGCGUUUGUGAUUGUUGGAUCGGUGGGGGCUUUUGUGGGCAUUUGCUCAAUUGUCUUUUGCAUAUGGACUGGAGUAUGUGGUUUCUUGCGGAAGAAUACUCAUACUUCUGCUCAACCCACAACUACUGACGGCAAUGUGCAUACUGCUGCUGUGCCUCACAUUGGUUCUAAUGUCCCAACUUCAAGAUCAUAUUCCAGCAAUCUUCAAAGCCCCAGGAUAAUGGGGAGGCAGAGAAGUGGGUCAUCAACAUUAUCCAGGCAUGCGGACAAGACUCGGAUAUUUUCUUUCUCAGAGCUUUCCAGUGCCACCAAUAACUUCACUUUGGAGAACAAGAUUGGUGCUGGGAGCUUUGGUACUGUUUACAAAGGCAAGCUUUCAGAUGGCCGUGAAGUGGCCAUUAAGAGGGGAGAAACUUCUAUCAAAAUGAAGAAAUUCCAGGAAAAAGAAAUCGCUUUUGAUGCUGAAUUGGCAUUGUUAUCUCGGCUUCACCAUAAGCACUUAGUGGGGUUAAUUGGAUUCUGCGAAGAAAAGGAUGAGAGGCUUUUGGUUUAUGAGUACAUGAGCAAUGGUUCACUCCAUGAUCACUUGCAUAACAAGAACAACAUUGAUAGAAGUGGUAGCAUUUGGAAUUCUUGGAAAAUGAGGAUCAAAAUCGCAUUAGACGCUGCUAGGGGAAUUGAGUAUCUGCACAACUAUGCGGUGCCACCCAUCAUUCAUAGAGACAUUAAGUCCUCAAAUAUACUUUUAGAUGCAAAUUGGACUGCAAGAGUGUCUGACUUCGGAUUGUCACUAAUGGAGCCAGAAUCUGAACAUGAAUCCAUGUCAAUCAAGGCAGUUGGAACAGUUGGCUACAUAGAUCCUGAGUACUAUGUAUUAAACGUUUUGACAACUAAGAGUGAUGUCUAUGGCUUAGGCGUGGUCUUAUUAGAGCUUUUGACAGGGAAGAGAGCAGUGUUCAAGAAUGAAGAGGAUGGAACAGGACCUAUGGGCGUGGUGGAGUAUGCAGGGCCACUGAUAUUGGCGGGGCAGCUACAAAAGGUAUUGGAUAAAACAGUUGGGCUGCUGGAGAUGAAUGAGGCUGAGGCAGUUAGGCUGGUGGCUUACACUGCUAUGCAUUGUGUGCACUUGGAGGGAAAGGAGAGGCCUAACAUGAGUGACAUUGUUGCCAAUUUGGAGAGAGCCCUGGCUCUUUGUGAGGACAACCCUGGAGGGAGCUCUUAUAAGUUGGAGGAAGAUAAUUCCUUGAGAGUGCAUCCUUCAUCUCAAGCCAAUCACUAA